AUGAAUGGCACCCAGACCGCGCGACACGGCAGGCCCGCACCCGCGGGGCCCACCCCGCCUGCCCCCGCAGCCGCACCACCCGUGCCUCCGAACGCAGCUCCCGCCGCCCCGGCAGCCGCAGCCGCCCCCGCGCCCGCACCGCGCACCGCGAACGGGGCGGCGACGAACGGGGCGCACGCGCCCGCGCCGAAGGGGAAGAAGAAGGCCGCGGAGCCGCAGCCCGAGGAGGAGGUGCUCGAGGAGGAGGAGGAGCGGCGGUUCGCGGAGGAGGCGCAGAAGUCCGUGUCGGGCAUGACCGAGACCGCGAUACACGCAAAGUACAUCGAGCUGUUUGCCGAGUUCAAGCGGCUCGAGCGGGACCACGCGAAGGAGAAGCAGAAGUUGACGAAGGACAAGGAUGCAGCGAAGGGGCAGCUCACGAAGGUGAACCAGACGAAGGCGAAGAUGGAGAACCUCGCUCGGGAGCUCCAGAAGGAGAACAAGAAGCUGCGAGAAGAUAGCAAACGUCUGACCACAUGCGUCUCAGAUGCCCAGGAGGAGAUCCACCAGAUGAAGACGGACAUGGCGAGACGAGCAGAGCGUGCCAAGGUCCAAGAGAGCAAGUACCGCGAGAUGCCCGACAUCGUCGUGCGCGUCGUAUGCAAGUACCGGGCCGAGCUCUACUUCAAGAUCUCCCGGAAGACAAAGCUCUCGCGACUCUUCAACGCAUGGACAGAGCGCAUGGAGUCCAACGUCGUGUCAUCCACCAGCAUGAACAACGUGUCUUCGGGGCCCCCAACCAAGAAGGGAGGGAGCCCGCUUGUCAACGGCACGAGCACAAGCAGCAUUGCGAACCCAAACGCCAUACAGUUCAUCUUCUCGCACGGGGGGCGCUCGCUCGAGCACGAGCAAACACCGGAGGAGGCUGGGAUCGAGGACGGAGACGUCAUUCUCGCCGCGGAGAUGAUGGACCUCACGGACGGGCCCGGGACGGAGGAGGUGGAAGAGCCUGUGCGACAAAAGCUCAAGAAGGAGUGGUCCGAGAAUCCUGCAGAAGCGCGGAAGACGAUGCAGAGUAUCUUCGACGACGUCGUCCGAGAACGAUUGAAGGAGGUUCUCCGACAGUAUGAGCUCCGAGAACGACAUUUCGAGUGUGUUGUGCGUUCAAAAGAGCUCGAAGUGUUGCUCUCGCGCGCACGAGCCGCGGAACAGAAGCAGCUCGCGGACGCUGAGAAAACGCGGGUAGACAAGGCCGAGGAGGAGAAACAGCAGCUACGCAAGGAGCUGGAUGACGCACAAGAGCAGCAGACCGUGCUCAUCAACAAACUAUUAUCAUUCUGUCAGGAACCGGACAGCGAACGAACGCGACAGUUCUUACAGUCCUUACACGGCGCACUGCACAAGGGCGAGCCGCUCAAGCCCGACGGAGACAAAACACAUAAUCGGCGGGCAGAGGGGUCGUGA